UAUGUUUAUAUACAUCAGUAUGUAGUCCCUUAGUGAAACCUUUAAAAAGACUUAUAUUUAGAAAUGGAGGGAGUAUGAUGCAUGAUCGAGAUGAGUGGAGCCUCCACUACCAUUGUAAUCAAGAAUCUUGUUUGUUUUUACAACACAAGUGGGUUGGACUUGAAACUAGAUUAUCUUACGAACAAAUUUGCAACUUGUAAAUGUAAAUGUGUAGCUAAUUUGGCAUGUCAUGCAUGUGUCAACUAUGGCACAUGCUGUGUGGGUUGGCCACCAGUCCGGUCAUACCGCAGGAACGCCAUGGUCGUCCAAUCGGUGAAGAUCAAGAAGGAGGAGACCGAGAAGCAGCAGCCUGCUGCUACCUCUGCUGCUGGCGCCAACGGCUCCAACUUUGUCAAGGUGAGCAUGGACGGCGCGCCCUACCUGCGCAAGGUGGAGGAUCUCAAGAUGUACAACACCUACAAGGACCUCUCCAUUGCUCCGCACAAGAUGUUCAGCACCUUCACCGCAACUGGGAAUGAGGGGAAGAUGGUGGAGGCAGUGAACGGUUCAGAUGUUGUUACUACUUACGAAGACAAGAAUGGCGAUUGGAUGCUUGUUGGAGACGUCCCAUGGGAGAUGUUUGUUGCUUCAUGCAAACGCUUGAGGAUCAUGAAGGGUUCCGAAGCCAUCGGUCUUGGUCAGUUUCUUCAGCAAAAGUUCUCUUACAGUUCAAGAGUAAUAUCUUAAUUCUAACGUUCCCCAUGGGACUUCUUUUUGUUUCAACGCCAAGGGCCAAGGACAAGUAAAAG